AUGGUGAAAUCAGUUGUGGUGCUUAUAGGAGGUGGACAUGCUGCCGGAAAGAAGACCACGGCCCAGUUGCUUAAACAGGAAAUCGAAACCACUCUUUCCAAGGCUAGACAUGAUGUCCAAUUGAUAGACAUGAAUUUAUACAAGGACACCCAUCCCAACAAGACUAUUGACUCCAGCACCUACCUGACCUCAAAGUCAGCAGCCAUAACAGUGAGUAAUGGAUUGCAAAAGUAUCCUCCUCUUAAGCCUUCUCGUUUUGAUUUCGAAAAGCUCAAACUGGAUUUGCUCAAAUUUGAAGACACUCCAGAUGAGAGUCCACAGAAGAUAUUCAUAGUCCAUGGCCUUUAUUCGCUUUACGACAAGGAAUUGCGUCUGAUGUCGCAGAUAAAGGUGUUCAUAGAUAGCGAUCCUGAUACCAGACUCAUUCGUUGGAUCAGAAGAGAUGUUCUAGGUGUCGGUUUGCCUGAGGAUUCAGACAAAGCGUCUUUGGAAAGUGUUAUCAAUGCGUAUCUACAAGGAGCUCGUGCAGAGAUGAGCGACUUUAUUUUCCCUACUAAAGAGUUUGCUGACGUUAUCAUGCCUCGUGGAGCUGAAGCUAAUGCUGUCAAGUUGAUUUUCGACGGCAUUGUUCCUCAUUUGGCUGAUAAGCAUUCCCAGCCUGAGAGAAUGUACUUGCCUCAUGCGUCUGGAAAUUACUUGAGACCAACAGGCAACAAUAGCGAUAUCUUUGAACAAGAGAAGUUCGAUGUCCAGAAGAACAAGUUCUACGAGUUGAACUAG